AUGAAUACAGCUAAUAGAACAUUACUUAAUACACUUAAAAUCAAAUAUCCAAUUUUCCAAGCUCCAAUGGCAGGUGUAUCCACAGUUGAAUUGGCAUCCAAAGUAACAAACUAUGGAGGAUUGGGUUCAUUACCAUUAGCUGGUUUAGAUUUCACCAAUAUUGAUUCACUUCAAAAAUUAAAUGCGAUGUUGAAUGACUAUCAUUCGCAAGUAAAUGACGAAAUACCAUCCCAUAUAGUUAAUUUAAACUUCUUCUGUCAUGAUAUUUAUUCUCCUCCAACUAACUCACAAAUUAACAAUUGGAAAUCAUUAUAUGGUAGUGUCUUGUCUACUGAUAAUCACGAUAUGCUAAACUCGCUCAACUAUGAUAAGAAUGGAAAUGUUUCAUUCAAACAAUUUGAACAAUCCUCAUCUCCAGGCUUUUCGAAAUUAAUGGAAUUUCUUACCCACAAUAUCCAACCCGCUAUAGUGAGUUUUCAUUUCGGAACACCUAGUGUUGAAACAAUAACACAAUUCCAACAGAAUGAUAUUAUGGUCUUUGUCACUUCCACCUCAUUGGAUGAAACUAUUCAUUUAUAUGAUUUAGGAGUGGAUGGGAUUAUAUUGCAAGGAUAUGAAGCUGGUGGACAUCGAGGGAAUUUCUUAUCGUCAUCAAGAUUGGAUGAGAAUUUAUCAACUCAUGCAUUAUUCACACAGCUGAUAAAGUAUUUGAAUACCAGACCUGUAUCAACUAGGGCCCUACCUUAUUUAAUCCCAGCAGGAGGCAUUCAUGAUUCAAAUACUGUGAAAUAUUAUCUUGAUGCCGGUGCUGCUGGUGUUCAGAUUGGUAGUGCAUUUUUGUCAACUCCAGAAUGUACCACUCAUACCUUUUAUCGUGCUAUUUCGGAACAGCAAAAGAGAAUUCCAACAGUUAUGAUUAAUUCGGUACUGGGGAAGUAUGCAAGAGCUAUCAAGACUAAGUUUAUUGAGAAUAUGGUGUAUAAUAAUAAGUUUAGUGAAGAAGAAUUACCACCAUAUGGAUAUAUGUAUAAUGCUUAUAAGGAAUUAAAACCAAAAGUUGCCCAUUCACAAGAUAUUGGAUUCUAUUUGGCCGGACAGAAUUAUUAUGAGAAUGAAAGUGAUGCUCUGGUUGAAGAUGUUAUGAAUAAAUUAACUCAGUAG